AUGGAAUACUGCAGUACCUGCACAGGCAGCCUUGCCUCGUCGCCUCCAUAUUCGCAAGACGCCGCAUCUUUCCCGCAAGACCGGAGAGUAGAGUGCUGUUCCCGAGUUAUCUGCGCAAAGUUAUCAAGCACGCCCUCGCCGUUACCUCAAGGCCUUCGGGAUCCUCCUCUGUACACCUCGGUCCCAAGUUUGGGGUCCAGAUCCAUCCCGGCUUCUGCUCCCCCGCCACCGUACAAAUCCGUAGAUGAUGCGCCACCAGCCAAGAGCAACAAAAGCAGCACGCCCGAGUUCGAUGAGAAAGCCGCCCUAGACGACACCCUCCAUUUCCUGGACCAUGACCACGACACUGUCCAGUCGCUGUCGCUGCGGUAUGGCGUGCCACCCGCGGCGUUGCGACGGCGAAACAACCUCACAAGUGAUCACCUGCUAGUCGGCCGAAAGACGAUCUUGAUUCCCGGCGAGUUUUACAAGGGCGGCGUCAGCCUGUCGCCUCGGCCGGUCGAGGGCGAGGAAGAGGAGCUGAGAAAGGGAAAAAUCCGGCGCUUCAUGACACUUUGCAAAGUUGCCGACUAUGAUUACGCUCUGUUGUAUAUGGAGCAGGCCGGUUAUGAUAUCGAUGCCGCCAUCGUCGCUUACAUGGAUGAUGAAGUCUGGGAGAGGACUCAUCCAAACCGGCGAGAGAGGAAUGCCGAGGCCAACAAGGUCAAGAGUCGUGGAUUGUUUUGGAGGGGCCUGUAA